AUGGGCACUUCACCAAUUGCGGUACUGGAAGGCCAUUUUGACCCGAAUAUUCCUCAAAUUUUGCCUCAUGAUAGAAUGUAUAAAAUUCAAAUAGGUACUAAAUUGUUCAAGAUUAGUGGGGCAUCCCUAAGUUCAGAUGGUCCGAGUUACUUCACAAACUAUUUUCGUAAAAGAGAUGGCGAUAGUGCAGGUGCUUCCAAUCUUAGUACCACUUCCGUGGAUUCCCUCUCCUCGGUCUCUAUUCCAAAUCAUGAAGUUCUCUUCAUCGAUAGAUCUGCAGAAAUAUUUGAUCUCAUCUAUCAACAUUUGCAAGGUUAUUUCCUAGAUAUUAAAGAUGAAGUCCAAUAUACUAUGCUUUUGGCCGAUGCCAUAUAUUAUAGAUUACCGCGUUUAAAGGCUCUAUUGAGAGAAUCUGAAUAUUAUUAUACAAGGGUGGGAUCAGAGUCAUUCAAGAUCCCAAAAAGUCUGUUCAAAAAAAAUGGAGAUUCACCAAAUUAUUUUCAAAUGACUUCUGAAACUUUAUAUCUCGAGGUUGAAAAUCUGAUCGUUGCUAGAAAUUUAUUACGUCCGCCACCUCACUCAUAUUCAUACGUCGCAAGAUGUCCCGAAUACUUCAAGAUUCUGUUGACCCUACUAGGCGGUUCUCAAAUAACGAUGGAUGACAAUGAAAGAGAAUCACUAAUCAAAGAAUGUCGUUACUAUAGAUUUUUAAAUUUAGAACAAAGACUAAUCAAAUGUGCUAUUAGUUAUAAUCCAAUUUUGAAAACCGAAGAAAUAACCAUUAGACUUCAAGAUAUAUCCAGAAAGGGAUUGUAUGCCAAUAAUCGAUCAUCAGUAAUUUUAACGGUCCCCAACGACACUGUAAAAAAUCAGCCUUUCAUUAAUACUUCGAAGGAGAGCACAUCUGGAGCAAACACAAAGAGACAAAAAACAUCGCAACCUUCUAUGGAUCAAAAGGAAAGUUGGAAUGUAUUAGGAUACAAAAGACCCUACUUAGAUGAAACAUCGCGUGAUUUACUAUUCCAGAUUGAUUCGACAGAAUGUUCCAUUACAUUCAGUGCUCAAACUCAAAGCAUUUAUUUAGAUAUGGUGGGUGAGACAGCGAGGAAGUUCGAGCUAACUUUUGGCAGUUCUCUUCGAAGUGGUACUGGAAUUGAUUUACAAGAUUAUUGUGUCAAUAUACCAUCGCCAAAUGGUACUGGAGACCUGAGACACGUUGUGAUUCCAGCUUAUCUCGCAUUGAGUGAUUUCUCUUUAAAUGGUUCUAAAUGUCAAAUCGGAAGCAUUUUGGGUAACGUAAGUGUUCACGAACAGGUUAUAGAUUUUACAGAUUUAACUGCUUUGAGAUUAGCUACAGGGAUGACCUUUCAUGUGUCUAAAUCAGUUUGGAAACUUUGCUAUAGAAAUAAUAGAAUAUUACUUAUAGCCGUGAGAACAGACGCCUUCCGCGGCCUAAAGGAAUAUUGUGCAUUAAUAGACUACCUAUAA